UCUUCAGAUCCUCCAGUGGAAGGGGCGAAUCACAAUGUCUUCAGAUCCUCCAGUGGAAUGCUGCCAAUAACAUCGUCUUCAGAUCCUCCAGUGGAAUGCUGGAGGGAUGUCACAGGACAAAAAGAUCCAAGUCAAGAAAAUCCUACACCAAUGUCUUCAGAUCCUCCAGUGGAAUGCUGGAGGAAUGUAACGGACAAAAAGAUCCAAAUACAGAAAAUCCUACAAACCUGA